AUGCUCAGAAUAACAAAGGAAACACGGCAUUGCAUAUGUACUAUUUUACUUAUACAAGAACUUUGUGCUGGAAUUUUUUUUGUGACACGGCAUUGCAUAUGUACUAUUUUUCUUAUACAAGAACUUUGUGCUGGAAUUUUUUUUGUGACACGGCAUUGCGUAUGUGCUAUUUUCAUUAUCACCAUAGGUCCAUCGAGUACGAGUUUUUUGGUGAGAGCGAAGCACUUUUGCGACAUGGCGCUAGCGGCACUCUGGAGAACGCCUCAGGCCAUCGAGCUAUCACAGGCCUCGACGGCACGAAAAUUAAGAGUGACGGAUGGGACUCGCCAUUGCGCCUAUUGAAAGCUGCCGAAACGAAAGAGGCUAUGGAAGAGGCGUACUACUGACUCGACUUCUGGAUCUUUAUUGAAAUAGCGAAUAGAUUAGCCUACCAUUGGUACUAUGUCUUGCCGUAUGAAUCAUAGAGACGCUAGUCAUAGCGGCAGCAUUGAUGGGGGUAUGCCUCUACGGAUCAGUAGUAGUGAAAGAGGUGCCUCCAGUCAGUAGUAAGCUUCUUUCAUUAGCGAAAGAGGCUACUACGAUUGAGAAGCUGCUUCCGUUAACGACUAAGAAGCGUACUACUGACUAGACGUCUGGAAGAUUUUUUUACAGAGACUACAUAAUAACCCGACUCAUCGAUCCUAGUAGAUCCUAGUAGACCUCUAGUAGUAGAUCCUAGAGACUACAGAAUAGCCAGACAUCUAGACUAGACAGAUACUUCCUGGACAAAUAAAGCAACCGGGUAGUUUUCACCUCUUUUUGCUCUAGGUCUAGCCCUUCAUGCAGAAACUAUACUAGCUUCGUUCUGACUCCUGCCGCAAUCGUGGAAUAUUGAUUAUUGACCCAUCCGCAACAACCUCCAUCCAACUAGGCUCAACGCCUUAGAGACAGUCGGCGAUGGGUAUGUGGAGAAGGUGGCGCUGGUACAGACGGGUUUGAAGAAAAAGAGGGAGUUUCCGGAUAUCUGGGAUAACGAUCGCUUCACGAAAAUCCUGAAAAAGCCUGAUAGCUGGUUCCUGAAAAAGGACACCAAGGCAGACGAGGGAGAGGAAAAGGCAGCAGUACGUAUGCUGAUGGAGGACGGCGAUGGGGAGCAGCCUGCUGCGAAAGAGGAGUAAAAAUCUUCACUCGUCGUGUAGAUUGUUGACUUAAGCAACAGCCUAGUAGUUUGUUAUUGUCGUCUCUAAAAAAAUAACAAUAAUUCGUUUGUCUUUGUUAUUGUCUUCUGAAUAUUCUGAGGUAUGUUUACAGGCUCUUCAUCCUCCUGGUUUUUACACAGAUAGAGUUAGAGAUGUACUUAGCGUUGUUGAAAAACAAUAGACAAUGUCCUCCACCACUGUGAAUAUUUCACGAAUUUAAAUGCAUGAAUAAUUGUAACAAAACUAUAAGAAUGCGGAACAAUAAGAUAUGAAGAGUUAUUAAGAAGAGUCAUAUAUGAUAUACUUUACGGAGUCACGAAGAAGUUCUAUAACUAUAUUCUGUGCCAUCCACCUAAAGAUCCACACAGUACGCAGAACAGUACGCCGAGGCGUGCCUAACAUCAAGUACGUCUAGCUGCAGUGGCAGGUGUGUGCUCAAAUGCCUGCCAGUCGUCUACCUUCCCCUUCGUCAAGUACGACACUGUAUUUCCAGUUGGAGCUUUUAGUUAUAGUGUUUAGAAAACUUCUGCUAAUCCCAAAACCAAAGCCAUCAAUCAUACACAUUCAGACUCUUUAGGUGGAUGGAUGAGAAUUCAUAGAUACAUUACAACUAUCAAUAUCGACGAAGACAGGACUUGUUGAUCUAUCAAUGUACCUAACAAAUUGUUGCUUUGUUAAUGAUUUCACCAAAGCCAUCUACUUAGCCAAUGCAUGUUCUCAGAAGUCUUACCAAUUGAUACAUCUUACCAAUAGAUAGCGCCAUCUAGUUAAUAUUUUCACUUAGACAGCAGUCACAGUGACACAACUUUCCUCGACCGAAUGAAGAAGAAAAGCCAAACACUAACAACCAACAAGCAGACUAGCUUGGCAAACAAAGUGUCGCCAAAGUUACACAUUUGGCGUCUUAGGUCUUUCAGGUUUUUUUUCGAAUUUCCCAGGUCGAAGAAAAU